CGUUAAAUGACGUCCAGGUGGCGUACAGUACGGCAGCCGUCGACGUGGACGUAUAAAUUGAUGCUCUAAAUAAACCCUGAAAAUAGUCCUGUAUUUCAAUUCAUGGGAAUCUCGCACGUGUUGCAUUUCAUCGUGAAAAACAUGAAGGUUAUUGUUGUUGCUUCGCUGGCCCUAGUGGCUAUUAUUUACCUCCUCCUACCUCAGGCUGCAGUUGCUGAGAAGAAGAAAGGGGCAAAAGUGACAGACAUUGUGUUUUUCGACAUUUCCAUCGGUGGAGAGGAUGUAGGACGUGUAGAGAUUGGUCUGUUUGGCAAGACGGUGCCCAAGACUGUUAAGAACUUUGUAGCUCUGGCCACCAUCCAUAAAGACAAACCAGGAGAAAAAGGUUACAAGGGUAGUAAAUUUCACCGUGUCAUCGAUAACUUUAUGAUCCAAGGAGGAGAUUUUACCAACGGAGACGGCACAGGGGGCAGGAGUAUCUAUGGGGACCGUUUUGAUGAUGAGAAUUUCAAGCUGCAACACUACGGCCCGGGCUGGCUGAGCAUGGCCAAUGCAGGCAAGGAUACCAACGGCUCUCAGUUCUUCCUCACUACAGUCAAGACAUCUUGGCUAGAUGGCAAGCACGUCGUGUUUGGCAAGGUUUUAAAAGGAAUGGACGUUGUUAGAAAAGUUGAAAAGACUGAUGUUGUCAACUCUAAGCCUGUCAAAGAGUGUGUCAUCAAGGAUUCUGGAGUUUUAGAAUUGCCUGACGGUAAACCCUUCUCUGUUGAAAAAGCAGGAGUUGAGUAAAAGGGAUAUAUGAAGGCUUUGUUGUUGCAAAAUCUUCUUUUAGAAUUUUGUGUAGUUUCCCCUUUUUUGUUGGUCAAUCUCCUUUAAUUUUUCAGUUAGUAAGUUGUUUUUGUUUGGCCAUAUUAUUCAUUAGGCACUGCGCACGUGACACCACCACGUGCACCACUCCAGUGCUACAUUUGUACACUGAAUGUUUCACACACGCGCAUCAAACACGCAUGCGUCAGACUUUUGUGCACAUGUCUGACACUAACCACGGCUUUGACUGGUCGAAACACAUUAGGGGGUCUUAAUGAUUCUCUCUAUUGUUUGCAGUGACCAUUUUCCUAAGAUGUUCCCAUUAUGUGUAUGGCAUCUCUGCAAACAUUUGUUGUCACCUAUAUGACCUAUCCUCUCAAACUUUACGCAUUCCAAUAAAUGCUAAUCUGGAAACACUUAAUCUGAAACAGAAUUUUUUGGUGGAUGCCUUUUAUGAUGAACAUGUACUGUGUAUCCAAGUGUAUGCUCAUUUGUGUCCUUAAAAAAUGAUAAACAUUUAUGUGAUUUUUAUUGUUAGGCCACAGGGCACAAGACCUCAGUGGGACUUGUGCUACAUUUCUUAAAGUAUCGACCGAAACUUUUGUAAAUGUACAUGUAUUGGUUUGAACAAUGGACACUUUUUGAUGUAUCCAUUAUUACAGCAGAGAACAUAGCAAAUUUUAUAGCUUAACCAGUAUGAAUUUUAGGAUGUGAAUCAUGUGACAAUGCUUACAUGUAUAUAAACACUUGCCAUUUAAAAUAUAACAAGUGUAGUUUGGGUGAGGUAUAACAGUAUAAUAAAGCCAAGUUCAAAAACCUAGUACAAUUAUAACUACCUUUGAUUUACACUUUCCUUCAAAAUGUUUCACGUUUCCAAUGGCUCUGCCAAAUAGAUUAUUUUGAAAAGGACAUUACAGUUGUUAUGAAUACAAGGGUGUAGUAGAAUUUUCAUCUUUCCUUUCAAUUUUCUCUCCUGCUAACAAUUGAACAGGAUCCCAACUUUGACAUUGUAUUCUUGAUAUGACAAGUUUGACUGAAUUGUCAUCCUGUUUUGAAUUUUUAAUAAAAAUCUGGAAAAAAAAUGCCUUUUAAAAAAAUCUAGCAUGCAACAUUCUGUAUAAUUAUGUACGUGUGUUGUUAUCCAGCUAUCCUGAUAAACACGCCAAAAUGCAAUAUUUUUUAUUAGACCAUAAUUUUAAGACACUGACCAAAAUAAACCAAUCAGGAUUUUGCAUGGCAUAUUGUUCAGUUUGUAAACAUGCUUCCGUAAAAUAUAGUGAUGCACUGUGUGAAGUGUCAUAAAGCAUGUUUUAUAAAAUUGCAAAUUGUCACUUUGUCCUGUUUUCUGCUAAACUUGUAACAUGUGUAAAAAGACGACCAUCAUUUAUUAAUCUAGCUUUAGGUGACAUCUAAGCUGAUUCUUCACUACAACUUGAUAUUAUACAUGUAUACCAAAGUUUCUACACAUUUUGAGAUGAAUAAAAUCAGAGUCCAAUCCUGACU